CUAACAAACAUGGCGGCGCCCUCUGCGGUGCAGCGCUGCAGUGUGUCGGGAAAGAAGCGAUAAAAACUCGAGUUAUAAAAACACGAGUUACAUCGACUACUGAAGGCAGAACAAUGGGUUUACAGUGCUUUCUUCGCGGGGCUCUGGCGUGUUACUCCACACACAUUCAACAGAGACUCUCUCAAACUGCGUCGAGGUCCGCGCACACUUCCCCACCGAGCAUCGCUGCUGCUGCCGGCCGCGGCCUCUGCACCUCCGCCCGGCCCUCCAGGGAUGUGACCCUGUUCGAGCACGACAGGACCCGCUUCUUCCGGCUGCUGUCGGUCUUCUGCGGCGGACAGCUUCUCUUCUGGACGUACCUGGGCCACUUCGCUUUCACCGGGCUCAGAGACACAGGGGGCGCUACAGAGAAAGGGAAAGCCAGGGCGACCCCCCCCACCACCACCACCACCACCGGGCUUGCUGGGAUAUGGAGUUUCGAGAUGAACCUGGGGUCAAACACCUGGAGGUACGGCUUCUCGCUGGGCUGCCUGGCGGUAGGAGCAGGGAUAGUCGGGCUCGGGCUCCUGUUCUGCCGGCGCUCAGUCCACCAGGUGGUUUUACACCAGGGUGGGAGGAUGGUGACAGUUUCCACACAGUCGCCUUUGGGUGCAGGCCGAGGCCGGAGGAUGACAGUCCCGCUGUCACAGGUCGCCUGUCAUGCUCACAGACAUGAGUCCCCCUCGUUCAUCCCCCUCAGGGUCAAAGGACACAAGUUCUACUUUCUUCUGGACAAAGAGGGGACCAUUAACAACACCAGGCUGUUUGAUAUCACCGUUGGGGCUUACCGGCCAGUUUGAGUGGUUAUUAUUAUUAUUAUUAUUAUUAUUACACCAUUGCCAUAAACUGAGGAGGACUUUAGUGAUUUUACAUGGCUGCCAAACAAAUGUGUCUGUUUCUGUUUGAUUAAAUCUAUAUAAUCAAC